AUGCAGAAAAGAAGGACAAAGGAGAGUCGAGACAAUGAGGGCGCGGUUGGGUGGACAAGAGCGAGUCGCGAGCUUCGUUUACUUUGUUUGACCACCGACGUGAACGCCCGUCACGGACCACCAUGCGCCAAGCCCGCGCGCAUCAUAGCUUCCUUUGCUGCGCCUGUCGCCGCUGCCUAUAAUGUUUCUUUCACUGCGCUCCUGCCUCACAUCACUGUCACCUUCACCUUCACCGUCGCCGCCCACCCUGCCGCUCGUUCCCUCUCGUUCGCUUCCGCAGCCAUGUCCUUUCUCAAAGCAAAUUCGGCCUCGCGCGUUAACGCUCCGUCGCCCACGCCCUCCAACACAUCUGCAAAUGGCGCCAAGCGCAAGCGCCCUGCUGAGGGUGCCGCCGCCGUCGUCUACUCGCAGCCCAUAGACCAGGGCACCGGCGAGCACGUAUAUACGCGCUUCACCUACACGGUCAACCACCUGCGCGACAAGAACAAAUGGCUGCCGUUCGAUGAGAUUAUGAACUUCCUAGGCGUCAAGGUGGGCGACCCUCAGCGCGAGCAGCUGCGUACCCUCUUCCGCUCCGAGAGCGACGGCAACCGCAUCAUGUGGAACUCGGCCAACGACACAUACCGCUACAAGCCCAAGCUCGACAUCCGCAACCCCGCCCAGCUCAAGGGCUACCUGCAGAACCAGAAGUCAGCGCAGGGCUUGUCGAUCAAGGACCUCAAGGACGGCUGGGCUACGGUUGCCGACGACAUCAAGGGCAUGGAGGACAAGAAGGAAGUGCUGGUGAAGCGUGCUAAGGACGGCGUUGCCAAGAUCGUGUGGGACAACGACCCUUCGCUCAUGCACCCCAUGGACCCGGAGUUCAUGAAUGAGUGGCAUAAGAUUGCCAUUCCCGCGAACCCUGACGAUCUGCGUGCGACCCUCAUGAACGUCGGUCUACAUGCAGCAAGUGCGCCUCGCCAGAUUAACGGCGGCGGCCCCAAGCAGAAGAAGAAGCGCGCCGCGCGCCGUGGUGGCAAGCAGACCAACACGCACAUGAUGCACAUUCUCAAGGACUUUUCUGGGAUGCGCAAGUAGGGACUCUGUUUUAUAUGCAUAGCGAAGGAGUUUGGAAUUUGAAUAGCCGAUUUGGCUUCGCGAAGACCGUCAGGUUCGCUCAAAAUUGAUACCAAAACAUGUACAGUACGGUCUUAUUCUCAUAUAGAGGGGAGGUAAGCCAGUAUUAUCGGUAGGCACGAAGAUUCUACGAAUACAAUACUUUUUCUUC